AUGAGAAGAAUACCUUGGACUCGUCAGGAAGAUGAUCUUCUUAUUAACUUAUACCAUGAAUAUGGUCCUUUGUGGACUAAAAUCACCCAAUUGAUGGUUAAUAGAACGUCUCGGCAGUGUGCGGAGAGGUGGAACAAUACGCUCCGCCCUGGUAUCAAUACAGCUCCAUUUACCACUUCCGAGCGUAAUAUGAUUGUACAAUUAUACCAUAAUCAUGGUUCUCAAUGGAGCAAGAUUGCCUCACAUCUUCCUGGGCGUACACCUAGAAUGGUAAAGAAUUCAUGGUACUCUAUGCAACGAGCAGAGGCUACUCGUAUUCGUAAAAAAAUGUCCAUAAGAUUUCUGGUUAAUCAAAGACAAAGCCGACACCACCCAUACUAG